AUGGGACCGCGUGGCGUCCUAUGGACGGCAUGCUUGCAGGCGAUCGAACUGCGCGUUUGCGAGCGCGUGGGUCGGAAGCGCGUGACUGCGGCCGACCGGGUGCUUCUUCCGUGCGAGGCGGAGCGCAGCAGGAUGGCGAAGAAGAAGAAGAACUUGAAGGAAGUGGGACAUAACCAAAAUGCAGAGCGCGCGAACGAUAAGGAAAUCUGGGGCAUCCUCGAGGCGCCCGCAGAGGAGGAAGAAGACGAUGACGAAGAAGAGGAGGAGAAUGUCACCGAGCAGGACAGGGCGGUGAAACUCUUCGACUUCGACGCACAGGGACAAAAACGCAAGCUCACUGCGUACCGGGCGGACUUUGGAGACGAUGAGUACACUUCAACGGACACGACUACCACGUCGGGCUCAAGCACCACCACAAGCGACACAGACAGCUCUGCGGAAAGCUACGAAUUCGACGAUGAAGACUUCGCCGAGCUACAGAAACUGCGGCGGAACAACAGGCCGGGUGCGCCAAUGGAUCCAAUGAGCAGGCUGCGCAUGUGGGAGAGCUCCUUCUUCAUCAACUCGUUUAUGAACCUCGAAAACAAGCAGCAGUACUUCUUCUACACCGUCACCUUCGGUCACGUAAAUCGGUCGCGGCGGAUUCAGGGCACGCUGAGGCGGCGGACGCUGUAUACGCCGGGCUAUUUGCUGCGGCCGGGCGAGUUCAAACCGCUGAGUGCGCCCCUGGUGAUUUGGCCCUUCAAGGUCUUUCUGCUGCCUUACAACCAGCUCAAGACCUUUUGCGUGACCAUCGAGAUGUGGCGAAUCAACGAGCUCUCCUUCAACACGCUUUACGCCAGCGCAAAGCUCACGCUGCAGGACAUUGUCGACAGCGAACAGGAGUUUCAGAUCCUCCUCAAGCGGAAAAUUCCGGGGAAAAAAAAGAGCUACGAAGUCCACAAACUCCGAGUUUCGCUGAUGCUCACGGAGGUUUUCGAUAUCGACCUCUCAUUCGACAGCUGGUGGUUUCUGCCAGACAAAGCGAUGCCGCAAAAAAUUCGCGAAGUCCCCAAGCAGCUUCUCUUCAGCGUUCCAAUAAGAGGCAGGUCAGGAGACAGGAAUCGCCGGAAGACGGAAGUCAGCACGAUGAACUUCUGGCCAAAUGCCGGUCUCUUCCGCUACCGCGGCAGUCUGCAGUCCAUCACAAACAACUACAUCACCGUCACGCUGUUGUAUAGUCGCCCCAAGGAAUGGUAUCGGCCGCCGGCGCACCUGGGGCUCUGCAUCAUGGCGCUGAAGUCGGUGCUCCAGUAUCCGCUCUUCAGGGGCAUUGUGAAGAAGCUAACAACAGAUCCGCGCAAGUUCCAGCAGGGCGAGCUCGUUGGCAACAUUCGCUGCUUCAUUCGCUCUGUCGGGGUUCACGAGUAUGAAGAAAUUCCGCACCGACCUGCACAGCCUCUGGCGGGCGCUGCGCUGGUCACGCAGUUAAACCUCAGAGAGCAGUACCUCGUCGUCCGCCUCUUCAAGUGCGAAAACCUUCCCGCUGCGAAUGCGGACUCGUACACUUCAGACCCGAUUGUGAAGAUAAAAUGGGACGCUAUGGUUAACACGAGUAACAAGCGCGAGAAUACGCUGCGCCCGGUUUACAACCAGAAUUUUUACUUUCCUGUCCGUCUUCUCGAUCCGCGCGAGAGGACGAACCCCAUUCUCAGGCAGACGGCGCUGCCGCUCGACCUGUACACCAAGGGCCCAAUCCAGUUCGAGGUGUGGGACAACGACGAGUUCACGUCGGACUUCCUCGGCGGCUCGGAAGUCCACUUGAAUUCCAUCUGGCGCGAAGGCCAGUGGGAGGAACGCUGCCUUGCAGAGGGCAUGGGUCAGGACGACGACAAGACGCGCCUGCCUGACGGGCGCCCGGCGGAGUUCGCGACCAAGCGCCACGCCGACGAGGAAGAAGAGGAUGAGGACGACGAAGACGCCGACGAGCCGCUCAUCGACGAAAACAUCCAGCGGGCGACCGUGCCAUACGAGUGGCCGUACCGCACGCUGGUGCUGCGAAAGAUUCUGCAGUUGAAGGGCUCGGCGUUGCCGGCGUCGACGCAGGGCACGAGCACGUUGUGGUUUGAGAUGUUUUUCAUUCCGCCAAUGCCUGACAACGUGGAGUUGCCGGAUCCGCCGCAGGUGCAGAGCAGCAACGACGUCUGGAUGCAGGUCACGAAGAAGUGGACUGGCGACUUUUCCAAGUACCAAAAGAUGUAUCGCGAGUGGUUUCCACAGGCUCCGGGCGACCGGCGCUUCCUCUGUACGGCGGAGCAUAUGCAGACCCGCGGGAUCUUCCCGCUGCCCAGCUUCGUGGCGCCUAUCGCCGUCCCGAGUCAGAUCUCCGCAGAAGGCGAAUUGCUCCACUGGAUCAACAACAUCACCUUCGUCUCGCCGCCCAAGCAAAUGCGCGACGGAAAAAUCGCCCGGUGGCAGGUUCCCUCGACGAUCCUCACCACCCGGAAAGGCGGCGUCAACGACCACGCCGUCCUCCUCUGCUGCUGCCUCCUCGGCUUGGACUACGACGCCUACGUCUGCAAAGGCACGACGAACAACGGGCAAGAUGAGCACGUUUGGGUGAUGACGCGACAUGCAGGGGGCUGGGUAAUGAUGUGGGAAGUCACGACGAAGAAGCGAUACAACCUGCCGUACAGGUGGGGAUAUCCGUCUAAGGGGCCGCCGAAGGGGUUCGCGGCGAAAUAUGAGCAGCAAAUCAACGAGAACGCCGAGAAAUUCUGGGAAGGGAUGUAUCUGCAAGAGUGGUACGAGUGGUCGCUGCACCAGGGGCAGCUUGCGCAGGCGGAGGCGAUUGCCAACGCGAACGCGGUUCCAGACGUUGAGCUUUACGGCGACGAGUUUGUUUCCGACGAGGUCGUCGACCCGGAGAUGGUCUUAAUGGAGGAAACGGAAAAUUUUGACGAGGAACGGGCAUACGGUGCAAUCGGCGCAGUCAAGAGCAAAGUCGACAAGGACAAAGUCCUCAAAGUGCUUCGCACGCAAAUCGAGCAGCUACCCAUCACCCCCAUGAAGGUCAGCCGAAAUCAAGACACGCGCAGACCUCCCGCCGGGGCGGGGGUAUGUGCCCCGUGUGUCCUACACAUAUGUUUGGAUGUGUAUAUAUCUGUAUGCGUGUCCUGUUUUCAUGCGCAUAUGUAUAUGUUUGUGUGUUUGUGA